ACAUAAAUACAUUUAUGCCUAAAAUUGAUUAAAAAAAAUAAACAGAAAAAAGAAAAGCGUUUAUUCAGACAUUAUCAAAGGCAACGUGAACGUCAUCUGCAUCCGUAUCCGUGUCUUCUUCGAGGCGCCCGACAGCGGUACGGAAUCGGAUUCGGAAGCUGCUGCCCAAAACUAUGCACGAUUAGAACGAGGCCAGCAGAGACUGACUGACUGGCUGACUGGCUGACUGGCUGACAGAUAUCCACAACUGGCUUCUAGACACACACAUAAUUCAGGGCUGAGUAUUCUAGUCCAAAAUGCGUUGCAUUCUGCUCAUCGUUUGGCUGGUUUUGCCGUAUUUAGCUCCGGUUCUGGGUGCCCUUGAAUUUGUGGGCCAAGGCAUUAAAGAUGCACUGGGUGAAUAUAUGCUGACGGACAUAAUGACCGAUGCGAACACAGGCAUUGAGUUUGCGGACGGCGAGGAUGGUUUUCCGGCCUUCAAGUUUCUGUCCACAGCCGAUGUGAAAUCGCCGUAUCAAAUGUUGCUGCCCGAGAAACUGUACGAGUUUGCCAUAUUAAUCACUUAUCGCCAGGGCUCCCUCAAGGGUGGCUAUCUAUUCAGCGUGGUGAAUCCACUGGACACUGUCGUGCAGCUGGGCGUCCAUCUGUCGCCGGUGGUGAAGAACAGUUACAAUGUGACACUGGUCUACGCACUGCCCGAUCACAGUCCGGGACGCAAGCUGGCCAGCUUUGCGGUUGACCAUGUGACGGACAAAUGGAACUCGAUUGCAUUCCAGGUGUACAACGACAAGGUGGUCUUCUACUACGACUGCAAGGUGCGCAACACGACGGCUGUGGUUCGAGAUCCCUUUGUACUCGCCUUUGAGUCCGCAUCCACUUUGUACAUUGGCCAGGCUGGCUCUAUAAUCGGUGGCCAUUUUGAGGGAUAUUUAGAAAAAAUCUAUGUUUAUACCAACCCGGAGGCUAUAAUAAUUCAAUGCAUGUCACAGCCAAAGCCAACGGCAGCAGUGUCAACGGAAUUGGAUGAUGAGACGGCUACCGAAUCAACCAGUGAAAUGUUUGCAGAUACAGAAGAGAAUUCCCCACCCGAUGAAUCAGAUAUUGAUCAAAAUGAUAUUACCAAUGACAAUUGGUGGUUGCAGGCAAGUGACAAUUUCGACGACAGUGGAUUACAGACCCCCGGACAGACGCCGUUUACGCACGAAAGACCAUUACGCGGCGUCAAGGGCGAGAAGGGCGAUCGGGGACCCAAGGGCGAUAGUAUACGUGGCCCGCCCGGACCACCAGGUCCGCCGGGCCCCAAAGGUGAAACGCCAGCAUAUCCGCCUUUCAUCGAGACACCAAGUGCGGGGGCUAAAUACACUGGCGAAUGUACAUGUAAUGCGUCUGAUAUCCUGGAGGCCUUCAAGGACAAUGAAACGAUUCGUGUAACGUUGCGAGGUCCGCCCGGUGCGCAGGGCAGGGAUGGCAAAACCGGCGCCCCUGGACUUACCCAACCUGUGGAACGCAGCCUCUCCAGAACAUUGCAAUAUAUCAAAAGAAAAGCGGGUGCCACUGGCGUUACGGGCGCUCGCGGCCCGGAAGGUAUCCAGGGGGAGAAGGGCGAGCCAGGCGUUGACGGCAUGCCCGGCGUCAUGGGUCCACCAGGACCUGCGGGCCCGCCUGGCUUGCCAGAGAGCUACGAUGAAUCCUUAAUGGGCAACUCAAUGACCAACCUACGCAGCUCCACAUCAACGCAGGCAGGACCAAAGGGAGCGACCGGCGAUAAGGGUGAAUCCGGACGUCCAGGAGAUCGCGGUGAAAAGGGCCACAAAGGUGCACACGGACCGGCUGGACCCAAAGGUGAGCCCGGAGCACCCGGCCUGCCUGGAUUGGCUGGCCAACCGGGCGAUGGCAAUGGCACCAAAGGCGAACGAGGCGAAAAGGGGGAGAAGGGUAUGCGUGGCCGGCGCGGAGGCACUGGCAGUACAGGACCAAUUGGACCGCCAGGCAAACCAGGACCCACGGGUGAUAUCGGACACUCGGGACGGCCUGGCAUGCUCGGACCUAAGGGUGAUUCUGGUGCUAAAGGUGCUAAAGGAGAUGCGGGUGGACGUGACGGAAUCAAAGGGGAGAAAGGUGAUAGAGGCGGUGAUGGACGUGAUGGGUUGCCAGGACCUCCGGGUCUACCAGCCACUGGUGGCGGUGAUAGCGAAAGUAGUAGCAUACAAUAUAUACCAAUGCCAGGACCACCAGGACCACCCGGUCCACCUGGCAUGCCAGGACUAACGCUCAGCGGACAAAAAGGAGAGCCAGGAAUGGACUCGCGCAGCAGCUUCUUUGGUGAUGCCUCCUACUACGGCCGACCAGGUGCGCGCUCAUCUUUAGACGAACUUAAAGCACUGCGAGAGCUGCAAGAUCUGCGUGAUAGACCCACAGAUGGCACAGCUGAGCCACCUCGCCAAACGGCGCACUCGCACAAGCAUGAGGAGUCCCCGUUGGGUGUUGAAUUGGGCAUGGGAUUGGGAGAUGGCGAGGAGCUGCCAUAUCUUUCCGCAUCAUCAUCCAACAUGAACAUGAGAAUCGUGCCAGGUGCAGUCACCUUCCAGAACAUAGACGAAAUGACAAAGAAAUCGGCGCUUAGCCCACCCGGCACCCUGGCGUACAUUACCGAGGAGGAGGCACUGCUCGUGCGCGUCAACAAAGGCUGGCAGUAUAUAGCGCUGGGCACUUUGGUACCGAUUGCAACCCCAGCACCGCCCACCACAGUGGCGCCAUCUUUGCGCUUUAAUUUACAAUCGAAAAACUUGGUGAACAGUCCACCUCCGUUGCUCAACACUCCGACGUUUACAACCGCGCCCGAAUACGAAACGUGGUAUCCACGUAUGCUUCGCCUGGCGGCUCUCAAUGAGCCCUAUGUGGGUGACUUGCAGGGCAUUCGAGGCGCGGACUUUGCCUGCUAUCGCCAGGGCCGACGAGCUGGCCUUCUGGGCACAUUUAAGGCCUUCCUCACGUCCAGGGUACAGAAUCUAGACUCUAUAGUGCGUUCGGCUGACUGGGAGCUGCCAGUUGUAAAUACCCGAGGCGAUGUGCUUUUUAAUUCCUGGAAGGGCGUAUUUAAUGGCCAAGGUGGCUUCUUCUCGCAGGCACCGCGAAUUUAUAGCUUUAACGGCAAGAAUGUCCUCACGGAUCCAUUAUGGCCACUCAAGCUGGUCUGGCAUGGUUCGCUGCCGAAUGGAGAGCGCUCCAUGGACACCUACUGCGAUGCCUGGCACUCGAGCUCACAUGAGAAGUUUGGCUACGCCAGCAAUCUGCUGGGCAACAAGGUGCUCGAUCAGGAACGCCAGCCCUGCGAUGGCAAGUUGAUCGUGCUCUGUGUGGAGGCACUCUCCCAGGAUCGGCGGAAAAAACGUGACAUCAGCAGCAGUCGCAGUCGCAGCAGUAGUUACAGUCACGGUCGCAGUGACAGCGAGCUGGAGUUCCAAACGGCCGAGGAAUAUGCCGAGCAUUUAGAAAAUUUACGGCUGUAAGAUGCCACCAUCUACCCCCUCCCCCACCUACUAUGAAGCAUGAGCAGCAAAGGGGAUUGGGAAGGAAAAUGGUAACUGUAACUGUAACUGUAACGAGAAUAAUAUAAAUACCGAUAGGAAACAAUACAAUACAAAUGUGAACACCAUUCACCAUUACCAAUGCCAUUCUCAUAAACACACACUUACACACACAAACAAACAAACACACACACAGACACACACACACAGAUACACAGACACAGAGACACACACACAUUAAAUGUAAACGUAAAUCAUGGCCAUGCAUAUAAUCAGCGAAUUCCAAACUGAAACCAAAAAAUACUCAAGUAAGCAGACGGAUUAACAAUUGCAUAGUAAAUAUGAAUACACAUAAAUUAAAUUAUGUACUACUUACAUACAUUGGUAGGUAUAUACAUAUACAUAUGCAUAUAUUUACUACAAUAAUUUGUCAUAUCUUAUGUUUGACAAGGCAACAAGCAUUUUUUUAUACAAGCGAGCUAUGUAUUCGUAAUUGUAGACUAAAAAGACUAAGAUAAUUUUUGUAAUUAAGUCACAGCGAAGGCAAGAUGCAUGUUGCUUGUAUGCACUGCCGUCUAGGUUAGUCCUUGUCCCAGGAGACACCGACGUGAGCUAAUCCACAUCAAGAACAGUAUCAACAUUUGAGAUUAAGUGCAACGUUCUUGACAGCAAAAGCAAAUACCUACUGGCCAAAUUAGUCUCCUAUCUCCUGCCUGGAUCGUACAGCAAACAGGAAGAUACAUUUCACAUGGCUGUAUACGUGUAUAAAUGUAUUUUGUCAAAGACUUCUAAGUGUGUAAACGUUUAAGGUACGAAAGAAAAUCAGAAAAGAAAACAAAUUUUAAGCCACAAACCAACGUUUUUAACUAUACCGCAUGCAUUAACUCGAAAUGUGCAUUAUGUUUUAUGCCAAUCCCGUUUUCUAUUAUACUCUACUCUUAAUGUAGUCAGAUUUUCUACAUUGAAAUACUCGUUACUAUAAAAAAUGAUGUAAAACAAAAAAGUAAGCUCCUUUUUUAUAUGAGAACACAAUAGAAUAACGGAAUUAUAGCAUUAAUUGCAGUAAUACAAAUGUAAUAAAUAAAUGCACGUACAUAACUGUAAUGUUAUUUAUUGUAAUUCUAGAACGAAUACUAUAACAAGAAACCGUAAAAUAACUUGUAUCAGUAUAGUUAGUUAUAUAAUUUAAUUUGCAUUUAACUAAUGCAUUUCCAGCUACAACUCUGUAAUGUAAUUAAUUAUAAUUGUAAGAACGUGUAAGCUUAUUAUUUUUAAUGAUAUCAGAACAAAAGAAAACACACACACGAGUAAACGGAAAUGCAAAUUGGGUUAAAAUCACUCCCAAGAAGUCACUGAGUAUAAUAUACAUUGAAAUUGAAAUGUUUUUGUGCAUGGUGCAAAUAACUACAUUUAGUGAAAUCAAAAUAAAUACUUAAAAGCCCUCUAGUCGUAAGCUCAACACUUCUAUGCAUAUAAAAAGUGCAUAUAAAAUAAUUAUAAUACAUUUACCUAUGAUAAAUAAAAUAAAAAUUAAAUUAUCGA